UUUAUUUUAUUUACACUUUUUUAAUUGACACUUUUCCAGAUUUGUUACUCCAAAAAAUGAAAAGUAAAUUUAAUAUUCUUCAGGAUCUGGAACCAGAAGAAGAAGAUGAGGCAAUGGAAGGAGGAAGCAAUAUAUCAAAUAAUUUGUUAAAUAUAGAAGAAAUUGAACAGUUGGUAGAACAACAUUUAAGAAGUGAUGAUUGUCACACUGCUGCUUUUUGGGCGGAAAAAUUGUUGGCAAUAAGUAGAAGACAGGGUGAUCGUUCUUUAAGUGAACGACUACCACAGAUUGCCAAUUAUUUAAUUGUGAGUUUUUUAAUUAUGGAUUUUGAGGAAUUGGCGAGGUUUUUGUUUUUAUCGUCCUUGGGGUUUUUUCAAUGUAAAUGCUUUAUGAUCCUUGGGUUUUUAUGGUCCUUGGGGUUGGAGUUUCGUGUUUUGGGCCCCUUAUUUUAA